UUUUAACCCCUUCUACUUUUGGCAUGACAAAAUCUGAUUUAUGCUUCUGUUCAUCAGCUUUUUAUUGUUGACUGUGUUUUCUCAUAUGAGCUGAAUCCCGCAAUGUUGUAAAAGAACAGCUCGAUGCUUUAUCCUUUGAAACCAGUAAAGAUUAUAACUUUGUGGGUAGGCGAAUGUCACGCUUACAUCCCUGCUAUUCGUUUAAACAUUUUCCUUCCAUAUUUACUUUAUCGGAAUCAAUGGCUCGUGGUCGUUCAAACAGUGUAUGGUAUAGUUCUUGACUUAGUUACUGCUUCUGCUACGGCUUUAAUCGCCUGGAUUUGAAUGAGAAAAGGAGAAAGAUAAGCUAAUGGGUGAUAAGAAGAAGGCGGGAGCUCUAUUCGUGAGGCUCGUUUCAGCUGCUGGAACUGGGUUUUUCUAUGUAAAGAAGAAGACCAAAAAGCUUCAAACGACUCAGACGAAACUUGAAUUCAGAAAGUUUGAUCCUCGUGUGAAUCGUCAUGUUUUGUUCAAGGAAGAAAAGAUGAAGUGAUACAAAUGCCAAACUUGUAUCAAAUUGUCUUUUAAUAUCUGGCUUUCCUUUGCAGAAAGCAGAAGUGAAAUUAGAUAAAAGAAGAUUGCUCAACUUUGUACCAAAUUGUCUUUUAAUAUCUGAAUUCGUUCGUGAUCUUGUCGAGUGAAACACAGUUAUAGAAGAGCGAGCGGCUGUGAACGAGAUUCAUUUUGUUCUCCCAUUACAGGAAAUUAGCUAAAAGAACCUUUCAAAGGCCUGGAACCAGGUUGUUUUUGA